CCCAUAUAUUCGAACCGAUCCUGUGUAACCGUGGCGAAGGAACUGAGCAACUUGCUAACGUUGCAAAACAAUAAUCCCGAGAUGACACAACAGCCGCAAUGGGGCAUAAACCUAUCACGGUAUUUUGUAAUACCGCAACGUGUGAUAUUGGCCAUAAUGGGGUUCCUGGCGAUCCUCAAUGCCUACACAAUGCGUGUGUGCCUCUCGCAGGCCAUCACGGUGCUGGUCAUCAAGAAGAAUGUCACGGAUGAGGAUAGUGACGUGGCCAUCUGCGAACCGGAUGAGCUGGAUGAUGGCACCAGCUCUGGCGGCAUCUAUGAUUGGUCGGAGGAGCUGCAGGGUCUGAUCCUGUCCUCCUUCUACAUUGGUUACAUUGUCACGCACAUUCCCGGCGGACUGCUGGCCGAGAAGUUUGGCGGCAAAUGGACCCUGGGCCUGGGCAUCCUCUCCACAGCUGCGUUCACCAUGCUCACACCUCUGGCCAUUGAGAAGGGUGGCUCCGACUGGCUGAUUGUGUCCCGUGUGCUGAUGGGUCUGGGCGAGGGCACCACCUUCCCUGCCCUCAGUGUGCUCCUCGCUGCCUGGGUGCCCGCCAACGAACGUGGCAAGUUGGGUGCCUUGGUCCUGGGCGGCGGCCAGGUGGGCACCAUCAUGGGAAAUCUUCUCUCGGGCGUCUUUCUGGACUCUUACGACUGGCCAUUUGUGUUCUACUUCUUCGGCGGCCUGGGUGUCAUUUGGUUUGUCAUCUUUGUUUUCCUGUGCUACAGCGAUCCCUCGAGCCAUCCCUUCAUCAAGCCCAGCGAACGGGAGUAUCUUGCCAAGGAGAUUGGCACAAUUGGCCGCAACGAGAGCCUGCCCCCAACGCCCUGGAAGGCCAUCCUAACGAAUCUGCCCAUGUUCGCCCUGGUCUCUGCUCAGAUCGGCCACGAUUGGGGCUUCUACAUUAUGGUGACGGAUCUGCCCAAGUACAUGGCCGAUGUGCUGCAGUUCUCCAUCAAGGCCAACGGCCUGUACUCCUCCCUGCCCUAUGUGAUGAUGUGGAUUGUGUCCGUGGGCAGUGGCUUCAUUGCCGAUUGGAUGAUCCGCAAGGGCAUCAUGAGCACAACGAAUACCCGCAAGGUGAUGACGGGUUUGGCUGCCUUUGGUCCGGCCAUCUUCAUGGUGGGCGCCUCAUACGCUGGCUGUGAUCGUGUCCUGGUUGUCAUACUCUUCACCAUUUGCAUGGGUCUGAUGGGCGCCUACUAUGCGGGCAUGAAGCUCAGUCCCUUGGACAUGAGCCCCAACUAUGCUGGCACCCUGAUGGCCAUUACAAACGGCAUUGGAGCCAUUACGGGCGUCAUAACGCCAUAUCUGGUGGGAGUGAUGACACCAAAUGCCUCGCUGCUCGAAUGGCGCACUGUGUUCUGGGUGGCAUUUGGCGUGCUGUGCGUCACGGCUGUCGUCUACUGCCUGUGGGCCUCGGGCGAGGUGCAGCCGUUCAACAAUGCACCCAUACAGCCACGCUCCGUGGACUUUGAGGCCGAGGAGCGCAAGACCACAGACCUGAAGAGUCUCGAGUACAACGGCAACAACAGCACAACAGUGCAUCAGCGUGGGGAGCGCAGCUCCUAAGGCGGCAUCCGCUACAGAAUGUGCCAUACCCUAGUGCUCUAGUUCAAAAUGCUGUACCCCCGUGUGUCCAUUUGUAGAUAUAAUACGCAUACGCCCCUAACUUUACUGCUCUUCCAGAUAGCUAGCUAGUUUUAUAGUAUUUCCGAUCUGGCCACCAGGGCCACCAAACUAAUUAACUCUUAAGCAAAGAAUUUACUUAUGUACCAAGGGAGCAGCACGCCUCCUGUGUGUACAAUAUUCCUGUUAUAGAUAGCAUAAUAAUCCUUAAUCCCUAAUCCCUAAUUAAUACUGUCGUCCUGUCGUUCCCCCAGCACAUGUCCCCGUACAUGCAACGUACUCUCUUAAUUAUUAUUUAGUGUUUAAUCGAAGCAGCAGCUGAAACGCUGAAACCGAUUCCAACGUCUAAGUUUAGAUAGAGCAAGAAGUGUAUACCGAGUUCGUAUUUGCCCGUAGAGCACCCACCCCUUGGAUGGGCUGCUGAAAUAUUGUUUCAGUUUUAAAAUUGUUGAUCAAUGUGUAACGCCAAAACGUGUUUUUAACAAACUCCGUUAAGACAUAAUUGUUUUUAUGAUGUUAGCCAAAUAAAGUGCAUAAAGAAAAU